AUGACUAAUGAUAAACUGAAGCCUUAUGUGGACCAGCUAGAGGAGAUGUCCCGUGGCCGUGAUGAUAUUACCGAUGCUGAGAAAGACCUACUCGCCCGUGUCCGAAAUCAUUUAGACCGUCAGAGAAUCAGCUACACACGUCUCGUGCGCACUUUCUACAGCGACGACUCAGAUACAAGAUUUGCAGAUCUUCUCUCGCAGAGCGAGUUUGACGAGCCCGUCUUCGACAAUGCCGCGCUAUACGACGCUGGAGCAGACAACGGCCUACUGUCACUGCACAACAUCCUUAUACGUAUCCCGCAGAUAGUUGAAAUGACGGCAUGGCAUGUGCUUCACUGCGACGAACAAACGCAAGAAGCCUUACAAGAGGCUAUGAGGGUUGGCCUAGACGAGAUUGGAUAUGCUGUAGCGAUGUAUCACCUGGCGUCCAAAUGGAGCCAUGUGCUCAUUUAUGACAAAGAGGCAAAUGAUACGUCGAAAGUGCUGCUGGUUUACCUCGACGACCGUGGACGGGUCCUACGUUACUCCCGGCUAUGGAACUUCGAAGAAUUACAGGAUGCCAGCGCUAUGCUUUGGACGGGCCAGGAUACCAUGAAUCGGUGGUGGGAGGGAGGACAGUACGGGGAGGACUGGGAGCCUCAACAUCUUGCGAGGCAAAUAGAAGCUCAACAGCCGUGGAGGAACCGUCUGAGAAGGACGCAGGCAAGAGUGCAAUCUUCGAAGACUCAGAAUGCCCGUGCAGUCUAA